AUGGAAAACGAUCAGGGUGUUCUCGUCGACCUCUACGUCCCCCGCAAGUGCUCGGCGACCAACCGACUUAUCACGGCGAAUGAUCACGCUUCUGUGCAAAUUAGCAUCUGCGAUGUUGAUUCUGAGGGUCGUGCCCUGCCCACUUCCACGGCGUUUGCACUCUGCGGCCCGGUGCGCGCGAUGGGCGAGAGUGAUGACUCCCUCAACCGGUUGGCGACCAACGCGGGACUGUUGAAGAAUGUCUGGUCUUUCCAAAAGUAA